GAAACCUUCGAACCUUCUAUAUCAUCACACUACAGCCUUCAGGGCGGUCUCUUCCCCCCAACUCGAUUCAGAGCGUCGCCGUCCGCUGCAAGAGCUCUCUCUCUCUCUCACCCCAACCUAUCCGUUCCAUUUUUCCUACAGAAGAUGUCGCUGCGAGUGCUUAACCCUAAUGCUGAAGUGCUCAACAAAUCAGCGGCCCUGCACAUGAACAUCAAUGCUGCUAAGGGCUUGCAGGAUGUGCUCAAGACUAACCUCGGUCCCAAAGGCACUAUUAAAAUGCUUGUUGGUGGAGCUGGUGACAUUAAGCUUACUAAGGAUGGGAAUACGCUCUUGAAGGAAAUGCAAAUCCAAAACCCUACCGCGAUUAUGAUUGCAAGGACCGCUGUUGCCCAAGAUGAUAUAAGUGGUGAUGGUACAACAUCCACUGUCCUCUUUAUUGGUGAGCUUAUGAAACAGUCAGAGCGCUACAUUGAUGAAGGGAUGCAUCCACGUGUUCUGGUUGAUGGUUUUGAGAUUGCAAAAAGAGCUACUCUCCAAUUUCUUGAAAAAUUUAAGACUCCUGUAGUGAUGGGUGACACGCCUGAUAAAGAGAUUUUGAAAAUGGUGGCAAGAACUACAUUAAGAACUAAGUUAUAUGAAGCAUUGGCAGAUCAAUUGACUGACAUAGUUGUUGAUGCAGUGCUCUGCAUUCGCAAGCCUGAGGAAGCCAUUGAUUUAUUUAUGGUGGAAAUUAUGCACAUGCGCCAUAAGUUUGAUGUGGAUACACGAUUGAUUGAGGGUCUUGUCCUUGAUCAUGGCUCUAGACAUCCUGAUAUGAAGCGACGAGCUGAGAAUUGUUACAUCUUGACGUGCAAUGCGUCAUUGGAGUAUGAGAAAAGUGAAAUAAAUGCAGGAUUUUUCUACUCAAAUGCUGAGCAAAGAGAGGCAAUGGUUGCUGCUGAAAGGCGUCAGGUUGAUGAAAGAGUGAAAAAGAUCAUUGAGCUGAAGAACAAGGUUUGUUCAGGUAACGAUAAGAACUUUGUUGUCAUAAAUCAGAAGGGAAUAGAUCCGCCAUCUUUAGACCUGCUUGCAAGGGCAGGGAUUAUUGCCCUUCGAAGAGCAAAGAGGAGAAACAUGGAGCGAUUGGUUUUGGCUUGUGGGGGGGAGGCUGUUAAUUCAGUGGAUGAUUUAAUGCCUGAGUGCCUUGGUUGGGCGGGUUUGGUCUAUGAGCAUAUUCUUGGGGAGGAGAAGUACACCUUUGUGGAAAAUGUGAAGAAUCCUCUUUCUUGUACAAUUUUAAUAAAAGGACCAAAUGACCAUACCAUUGCACAGAUAAAGGAUGCUGUUCGUGAUGGCCUAAGAGCAGUCAAAAAUACAAUCGAAGAUGAAGCUGUUGUUUUAGGAGCGGGGGCUUUUGAGAUAGCAGCAAGACAGUACUUAAUUAAUGAAGUGAAGAAAACUGUUCAAGGGCGUGCGCAACUUGGCAUUGAAGCUUUUGGUGAUGCCCUUCUCAUGGUGCCAAAGACACUUGCUGAGAACUCUGGGCUUGACACUCAAGAUGUCAUCAUUGCUCUUAAGGGAGAGCAUGACAGGGGGAAUGUUGUUGGAUUAAACCAGCACACAGGCGAGCCCAUUGACCCCCAAAUGGAGGGUAUCUUUGAUAACUACUCUGUCAAGUGCCAAAUCAUUAACUCCGGGCCUGUUAUAGCAUCUCAGUUACUGCUGGUAGAUGAAGUGAUUCGUGCUGGGCAUAACAUGCAGAAGCCAAGUUAGCGAUGUGUGGUUUUCCUGUUAAUUGGAAGCUUUCUUGUUUUGGUGUGGUGUGGACAAUUAGGAAGCUUUCUAAGCUGGUGAGCAUGAAGAGAGGUUGUUGUGGUAAGAAAAUAUGAGAUUUGUUAAAUGGGGCGGGCAUCUCAGUAUUUUUGUUAGCUAUGAUUUGUUGGCAGUGUCGUAUAAUUGUAAUUUGACCGGAGUUUUAACAUUUAUCAUCAGGUUUAGUUCAAUGACCUAAUAUUGUUAUAUGCAUAGUGCUGGAUUUUUGGGACAAGAUUUGCAAGGCCGGCCUGCCAUUAUUAUUAUUAAAAAUAAAAUCUGCUUUGGUAGUUU